CCAGAGACGUGCUAUGCGCAUUUGGAUUAGUAAAAAUGUAGUGACACAUAAUAUUUAUUUAUUGAACAGUUGAUGCUUUCAACAGAACUACGUAUAUGCUUCAAAUCUGUAAGCUUCUUCAGCAUACAAAUAUGAUGUAUUAUUUGUCUUACAUGAAAUAUAUGUGUGGGUAAAUUGGUCACGUAUCCUGUGACAUAUGACGUCAGUCGUGGACUGCAGUGGUGGUGUUUUUGUUGACUGAAAAUGUUAUAAGGUACAGGGAUGCACGAAUGAGUGAGGCUAGUGGAGUAUGUGUGCAGCGUCAGUUUGAUCUGGGCCGUACUUCCCUACGGUCAGACAGUAGCGUAGGCAGUGGAGCAGUCAUGUUCCGCGAGCAGGUAAACACUGUCUCAGCCUGGUUUGACCAGUGGAAUGAAUGCGAACGUACUGUGGCGCUCUACUCCCUGUUGAAACGGCUCAGCCCAGCCAAAUGCCGCUUCCUGGCCCUGGCUUUGGAUCACAGCCUCGCUGAAUGUGGCGAACUGCAUCAGACUGAAAUACAGGCAAACAAUCCAGGAUAUAUUGGAAGCAUCUUGUCCCUGGGCUGCGACGGCUCGACACUGAGGCAGUUGCUGCAGCUACUGCCCCUGCUGCGGCCUGGCAACUGCGAAGCCAAGUCUCGCUAUCUUGCGGCCAUCCACUCUGCGCUCAGUCAUGCAGUGGAGACCGGGGCGUAUGUGGAGGAAGCGAGACAGCUCCUCAGUUAUGCGCUGAUACAUCCAGCAAUCAGCAAUGGCGACAGGAGGUCACUCACUCAGUGGCUUCGCCACCUAGAGGACCGCAUUGCCAAUGGUCCGUCAUCUGGAGGAGUAGCUGGAGCGAUUGGUACUUGUACACCUGUGGCAGACACUCCACCGGUGUGGGGCACCAAUGGCCACUUCCAGGCAAAUGGACAGCACCUGAAGGUGCGGCGUAGCAACAGCCUCACGCCACCAGUCACAGUGAGUCAGACGUCGGAGCUGUGGAGUUCACAGGACGACCUCAGCUACAAUGCGAGGAACAAGCCCCGCAGCUUCUCACUGUCUUCGGAGCACGCGCCUCCGCUGUCGCCGCAGAGUUCACUGGCGUCGUCAGGCAGUGGCUCUGAAUCGCAGCUGGAGGAUAAUAUUUCCCUGCAGCAGGGACCCGACCCUGUCGGCAUGAGGGAUGUACCAGCGUGGCUGAAAUCCCUUCGCCUGCACAAAUAUGUCAGCCUUUUCUUGACACUGACAUAUGAGGAGAUGAUGGCACUGACUGAAGAGUGGCUGGCUGCAAGAGGUGUGACGAAGGGAGCGAGGCACAAGAUUGUGAUGUCGGUGCGGAAGCUGCGGGAGCGCGGGUCGCUCUUGCGGCAGGUGGAACGCGAAGUGAUGGAGGGGGGACCCGCUACCCUGGGCCCGGCCCUCGACGAGCUCAAGACUGUACUCUUAUCCCCCAUAAAGCCACAGCCACCCACAGCUGCAACGGAGGACGCCAGUAACACUGACGAGGAGGGUACCGAUGAUAGGGAGUUGGACGUGCCCACUCAGUUCACGAGGUGCAUUGGGAAAGUGUGCUCAAAGAUGCUGGGCGGUGUGGGAGGGAGGCCGGAUCCCGAGUGUGCGGGCCACCUGGUGCAGCUGGUGUACCUGCUGGACCGCGCCGUUACCCACGACGCCUUCCCCCCGCACCACAAGCGCCGCCUGGCCCAGUGGCGCAGCCGCGUCCAGGACGCGUGGCGCUGUGUGCCGCUGCCCCUCCCACCCCCUCCGCCGCCUCUCCCUCCUUCGCCAUGCGUCUCUGGUCCCGUGGUGUCGGGUCCGGGCCAGCACCAGUCGGGAGGGCUGCGAACGAGUGGCAAAAACAGGUGGCAGAACACCCAACAGCAUUUUGGGUAUUCGGGAGGCCACAGCAAUGGCUACUCUCACGGGAACAGGUUCCAACAGCCACCUCCUUCUCACCCGCGGAAGAGUGGGGUUUUCUCACCUACGGGUCCCAUCCAAAUUCAGCAGAGGGUGCAGGCACCGACCAAGAGAGCAGAACACACGACACCACCAGUGCUUUCGGUUUCUGCAGAGUCAUCCAGCCUGCCAGUGCCCGUCCAUGUUCCAAGCGUCAGGUGUGUUCUGCCGCCUCCACAGCAGCAGAGGCAGAUGCCGGCCGCCCCGCCACGACCGUCUCCCGUCCCGUCGGGCCCACCUCCAUCGUUCACAGGCUUGUUUACGCAGCCUCCAGUGGAGCUGCAGGCACGCCAGGAAGAGUGUGUUAGAAACGUCCGUACAGACGUGGAUGCGAAUGACACAGAACUGGAUUCCCGCCUGGAGUCGCUAUGCCUCCGCAUGACAGAGCACGCCCUGGGGGGCAAUGGUGAGAACUAAGGUUACCUGUUGAGACCACAUAAGUAUCUUCCCAUUUCUAUUUUGAAUUCCUUCUGUUCCGUGCAGCGUGUCAUACUGUCUCGGUGGGACAAUGCAAGUUGUAAUUUCUCUGCAAUUUCUAAUCUCAGUGGCAGAAAGUGACUUCACAGAGAUUUAGGCUGGAUCCACUCCGGGACUGCAUCAUAUAUACAGUGGUCGAUGGUUUUUCUGUAAUUGCUUCACUCGCAGAUCCUGACUGGUGUCUGUAAUAUUGCACAUAUGGUCCAGUAGAGUUUGUCCUGUAUUUAAGCCAGUUAACAGAUAAUAAAUUGUUCGCUGGAGAACAGUUUUACAAAUUGGGCAGAAGUAAAGCCAUUAUUAUGCUGACAACCAACGACAUUGUAAACAAAUGCCAGUAAUCCUACACUAGCAUUUGGUAAUGAUAGAACAGAUUGUCGAACUGGCUUAAUCUAUGACGGUCUCCAGUUACUCUUGUCAAUAGUGGAUUACAAUUUACAUUUGCUUCCAUUGGCACUAGAUGUUCUGCUAACAAUGUUGUUUUGUACUAGCAUUACAUAUGUUGCUGACAAAAGUGCUGCAGAUAGUGACCCACAUGAAGCAGUGUUUUUACUUUUCAUUACAAAAGUUAUAAAAUGUAGCUUUGUGUGCAUGGAUUUUGGACAGCCACAAAUCACUUGUGCUUUCAGAGGAUUAUUGUUAAAACAAAGGUGAUGUUUGCAUGUGUGUUCCCAAAGUAUUUGCAUGUACUGUAUAAUUUUGUAUGGAUGUGUGGCUUAGAACAUGGCAAAAAGGCCAAUAUUCUCUUGUUUUUAUUAUAUGAGGCUUUAAAAAGUGUGACAACUAGCUCUGGUCAUGUUAAAUGUUACUUAUAAUCUGGUUGAAACUUAACCAGCAGAGCUGGUUUUGUAGACCAUGCUACCUGUGGUAGCUACUAUAAUUUCCACAGAUUAUUAGAAACUAGGAAUUAAUUUUAUUUAGUGUGUGUGUGUGUGUGUGUGUGUGUGUGUGUGUGUGUGUGUGUGUGUUUCAAUUUUUUUCUUCAGGUGUAAUAGAAAUAAGAGUAACUUUUUUUCACCAUGUGCAAUAGCCAAUAAUAAAUAGUAAAGUUAGUUUGCUAUACAAAAGCCAAAUUAUUAGCUAUGGAAGUUUUAGCUGUUGUGUGUGGAUGUCUUUUAAGUUAAUUAACAGACAAACCUUCUAGCUGAGGGCAGAUUUGAUUUAAUUUUGUUAAAGAGUUAAAACUUCCAUUGCAUUUCAGUGUUGCUUUCUGAUUACAGGCUAAGGUGGUUAAAUCUUAAAUGUGUUUUGUGCUAUCAAACUAAAGAAGAACUGAAUAAGCUCCUUUACCAUAUUGGCUCUAAUGUAUAGGGGAUUUGCAUAACAUUUUUGAAGGCAUAAAGCCGUAUUUGAGGGGUGUGACUGGUACCUGUGCUGUUUGAUAUUUCCUGAUCGCAACAGUACUGUUUUCAUAAGACUGACUCACAUCUUUUUGCAACUUAAUGUUCAAUUUAAAUAUUAAGAGACCUAUAUACAUGUAUAUUAUACACCUAAUACAGUAUACAAAGAUAAUUUUCCUUGGAGAAAAUGAGGUCUGUAAAUCAGGUUUGCAAAAAACUAACACUAUAGUACAAUUAUAAGUAAAGUAAUGGCACAUAAAGGUUUUUGUUUUCUGCUUCACUGAUAACAUUAAGGGAAGCUUUGGAGCAUUAUAUCUGCGCAUAAAUGUGGUAGAGGCGUGUUAAAUGUGGGAAAAAGAUUGUAAAUAUUAACCUGUAAUAGUCAACUGUGUGUCCGAUAAGUAUAGGUGCACAUGCUCUUAACAAUAUGGUCAUUAUCAUUGCUACAUAUCUGCUGUUUUUACAGUAUUUACAUAUGUUUUUCAGUAAAUGUUGUGGUUUAUAUUUGACAGAAGGGGUGAAAGAGGCAGAUAUUUCUUCCAUUAUUAGUCCUAUAUAAAACUCGUUACUUCCUUCAUAUAUGACAAGUGAGGUUUAAAUGCAAUGUGUUAACUUUUUAUUUGGUGCUUUAUUUCUUAUUAGGCAUACUUAAAUAGGUGAAUGUUUCAGUUGUAUAUCCUUAAUUUUGAAAUAUAGAUGGAGUGUCGUUAUGAAUUAAAGUCCAUUGUCUAUACUACAUCCAAACGCAGGCGUCUUGGAACGACUGAAGGGGAAUUAUUUUUUUUUUUUUGUGAACGGGUGGGGCGGGCUGGAGGGGGAGGGAGGCAAAUUAUUGUUGGCUGUGGUACAUAGUACUGCCACUAUUGUAAUAUUUGGAGAUGUUUGAACAGUGAUUCUGAGCCCUGUAAUGCUAUUAGUGUUGGGACAGACAAGUUUUCGUGUAAUGGUACUAUUGUGAUGUGCCAUAGUUGUAGUGACUGUUAUUUUUUAGUGUGUACUUAAUUCACGAUUCAUUAGCAGUGUGAAAAUGUAAAUUGCUUAUAAUUCAAAAUCUGUACAAUUGUUCUGGCUUGCAUAAUUGGUGACCUAGCAGUUUUUCUGCUACAUGCACCUGGCUGAUUACAUAGCUGCAGUUUCCUGUGUAAUUUACAUAUUUUUUUCAAUUUAUUAACUAUAGGUUUUAUUUUUGGCUGUUUCUACAUUAAACACAGAAAAGUAUGAAAAAAUCAUUUCCUUAUAUUGCAUGGAUGCUUGACCUAUGGGCUACAGACUUGAAGCUGUGCAAAAGUCUUUGUUGAGUAUUUGCAUUAAAUUUUCUAUUUGAAUGUAAAAAUGACAUCAUGAGAGGUAAAAAGCUGUAAUGUGCUGUCAUUCUUACAAGAGAAAUAUUAACUCAAAUUUCCACACUGGUGAUACUGGAGUAGGUAAAAAUGAAACACUUGAAAGUGCUUUUAUUUAAAUAUCCAAUAGAAGUUUGAAAUGCACAGUGGCUCUGGAAAACAGGCUGUAGAUUUAAACACAUUUGGACAUUUUAUGGAUUGGGAGCAAAGCAUUACUUUGGAUGUUAACCUAUCGCUGUUUUUAGUUUGAGGCUGUGGUGGAGAGGGGGGGGGGGGGCUGUAGCUGAGCAUAGAAAUCCAGUUGAUAGUUGUAGACCUUACAAUUUAAUAAAUUAUCUACAUGGAGUACUUCAGUUGUACAUCGACCUCAUUAUGUUGUGCUAGUGAAUCUCGUUUGUGUACUCUGCAGUGAAGUAUAUUAAACUCUGAGCAGAAAUUUAGAGAACAGAUGCUGAGGAAACCCAUGUGGUACUAAAGUUUCUUGUGGUGCCCACAGAAAAAUGUAACUGGUGCAGAAAUUUUGAAAAGUAAGUCUCUCUGAUUCAUUGGAGCCGAAACAUAAUUGUAGGUAAUCUAUACAAAGUCUCUUUAAUUAUCCUGCUGCAAUUAGGCAAAGAAGAUACUGUUACUAUUAUACUUAUAUAUGGAUAUCAGUCCAUGGCAUGCUUUAUUGCACAAACUGUAGCUCUGUGCCACAUUUGAUGCCAAUCUGUGCAGAGAAACAGAGAAAAAUAAUUAAUACAAGGGUCACUCAAUAAAUGCCAUCUCGCAUUUCUCUUUCAAACAGUUUAUUUGUUCAUACAAUGUAGGCUUUCACGGUUGGUGUUGUCUUCAGUUGAAACUUCCAGGCUGAGAGGCCGUGAUCUACCUAUAAAAUUUCCACCUCACGUUUUGUCUCCAUCUGCGGGAGACAUCUUCUGAGGUCGUCCGGCUACUGCUCUCAGAUGUCUCCCGCAGAUGGAGACGAAAUGUCAGGUGGAAAUUUUAUAGGUAGACCACGGCCUCUCAGCCCAGAAGUUUCAACUGAAGAGUAUAUUUGUUCUUAAAUGAUUGAUAUUGUCACCAGAUUAUAUCAAUAUUUUUCUUGCAUGUACUGUUUUUCUACGUUCUACUGCCCUGUUGUGUAAGAGCGUGUAUUUCCUUUCAGUAAGAGCUCUUGUCAUGUGCUCGUAGCCAUGUUCUCACUGCAUGAUUUAUGCUGUCCUCGUCUCUUUAGUUUGUCCAGUCUUCAAAUAUACCUCAGAAUUAAUGGUUCACCUUUUUUGCUAGACAUCCACGAAAAUGUCAUCACCACUAUCCCAAUAGUCUGUCACCACGAUUUUUCGCCAGCACAGGGAGCUGCUUUGAUAUUCUUUUGUUGUGGGUUGUGUUGCUCUAGUGACAGCCUUUUUCUUUCUGUUUCCAGAUCCAAUGCACCCAUGUUUCCUUGCCUGUAACAAUUCUUGACAGAAAGGCCUUUUAGUUGGUCUUGUAAUGUUCCUACUGUUGAGAUAAAGUGUUUUUCCUUUUAAUUUUGUGGUCUUUUGUGAGCAUUCUGAGAACUCAUCUGGCAGUGGCUGUGAUAGGUCAUCCCGAAUGGGGCUGAUCUUGGAAAUCAGUUUCUACAUUUAAUGACUCUUAGACUCUUUACCUGUCACCGACAGUACUUGUACCAUCUAUAUCAUUACUAUACACAAGUCUAUGGAUGUUCACCAGGAUUUGUUUUUCUGCAACCAAUAAUUCAUUUACAGGAAGUCACUUGUAAUAAGUGUCUGGCACUGGCACCAUUUUUAGAGUUCACUAUGCCCCAACCAUCUGUCCAAAAUGUUAGAAACGUGGCACAUGGGCAGCACAAACUUCAGACUUGAAGCACGUAAAGAGACCGUAGACAAUUUCCUAUGCUGUCUCUCAGCUGCUUUAUACUGAGCAAUUGGUGUACAGACAAUAUGUUUGAUCUCAAUGGCUCUUACACAAGUCACUCAAGUUUAAACUAUUUCUAAAUGUUAUGAAGACAUUUCAUUAUGGGCUGUCGUACUAAUGUGCCAUCUUCAGUCACAAUAUUUGUUCUUGUUUAAGUAACUCAUUUCAGAGCUUCCACUCUGUUUUAAAAAACUACUGGACAUUUUUGGGUUUCAGUUUACUGCAUUCAGGUGGUCAUAAAUUGUUCACAUUCUUGAUUGGUGCAAAAAUUUACAGGUUUGAGAUUAAACUUCAAAUUUAGUGCAUUUAUGCCAUAGUAAAUUCUAAAUCAUUAGUAAAAAAUAUUCCAAACAUUUAUAAAAGAUAAGAAUUUUUGUGUGGUAGUGUUUACUAAUGCAGAGAAUUGAAAAUUGUGUGUGUGUGUGUGUGUGUGUGCAUGAAUUGGCUAUCAGUUUCUGCCAUUCUGCUAAGAUUUUAAAUUUUCUUCUGAAUACUGUGGUUAAUACUAUGACUAGGGGUACAUAGUAACCAAUGGUAUGUUCUCUCCUGUUGGCCUUUACUCCUGGGGUAGCAGUUUCUCAUGCACGUAUUUGUUGUGGAUGCUGAUGCUUUCCCAAUAGUUAGUUGUUUCUAGGCACACUCUGAAUACAAAGUAAUUCCUUUCCAAACUUCUAAUGGAUCAACUUGCUUCCAGAACCUCUUCUACCAGAGAGAACUUUUGAAAGCUAUUGUCAGUAAGAUUGCUUUCUUUCAUUUUGUUUGUUGUUCCUACCCUCAGUAGAACUGUAAGGUUAAUCUCGUAGGAUCCAUCCUUAAUGUAAAGAAAAUGAGAGGUCUUCCGAAUCUUGUUAAUUAAUUUUCAUUGUACCUAUAGAAAUUUUAGUUAGAUAUUUUGGACCAAUCAGAGAAAUGGUGGUAAUAUACUACUACCUCAGUAGUUUACUCUCAUGAAUGUCCGAAUUUCUCAAUGGUUAUAAAAUCAGAGGCAUAGAUGGCUUAUUACGUGCUGUACUGAAUUUCUUUAGGGCAAGAUUCUUGGAGCUAAAUUAAUGUUUACCAGCAACACUUGUUAUGUGUUGUAUAUGAAAUUGUAGCAUAAAUCCAUUUCAAUUAUUUGCGCGGUAAGUUUCUUUUGCACUGUAGUCCUGGAAAAAGAAUGACAUUUGUACAGCUUCAGUUCCCUCAUUUUUAGCCAUGUUAAUAGUUUGCAGCUGUGUAAUCAUAUCCAUAAUAAAAUGAAUAAACAUCGUUGGACACUUUUCCAUUGUUCUUAUAGGAUGCAUGGAAGGAAGAAAAGAUUUAUGUAGGUGUUAAGGUUGUGGAUGCCUAGAACAUUGUAAACUGCUGUGCGUUAUAAGUGUGUGUGUGUGUGUGUGUGUGUGUGUGUGUGUGUGUGUGUGUGUGUGUGUGUGUGUGCAGGCUGGCUGCACACACUUAGUGUGCAUUUGAAAUGUACAUUUGACUGAUGUAAUUUGUAAAGUACCUUUUUCUUAUAAUGCAAAUGUGCAACAAGUAAUUGUAAUUCGUAACUGUUACCCAGGGGUGGACGUAUUGUGGGAAGAUGACUAAAUUCAUUUGAUUGAGCUUGUGACUGUCUGACUGAACCAAAUAAGCUCAAAUUUUAAUUUUUUUAUUUCAACUGACAGCUGCUGUCCGCAGGAAAAGAAUUUUUAACUGCAAAGCUUUUUGGAGAUCAAUUUAGUGUUAAAAAAAGUUUCUCAAAUGUGUGUGACUCUUUAAAUGUGUAAUCUAGAUGUUUCAUAUUGCAGUUUGUUUUAAACUGUGUGUUUCACCUAUUCAGGUGUUGUCAAUUAUAUUAUCAGAAUGUGUAUGUAUAUAAUGGAAGGUACCAUUAAUCAUCUGUGUUGGCUGUUAAUGUUUGCAAUAGUAAUAAUGUUAAUAAUAGUGGUAGUGUUGUUAGUGGUAAUAGCAAAAUUAAUGGCUUGCAGUUUGUCAUGUGUUCAAUGUCCUUCACUGAUAUUCACUUCAAAUUUCUGAAGUAACUUCAUGCUUAGCUCACUCUAGAGAGAAGUGACUAUUAGGCCAUAGACUGCAAAAUGUCUGUGGCCUGACUAGAAGACUGAUUCAGAAGUGAUCUGGGACAAUGCUAGUAGGUUUUUUUACUAUGACAUGGGAACAUUGUUCGUGGACUGAUGCCGGAUGGGGAAUGUUAGGUGCAUCUGCAGAAGGGUGUAUACUCAGUCUCAUGAGCUCUGUGUCAGAGGAAGAAAAAAUUAAGCCAAUGGAUGCAGGAUUAUUGCAGUGGAUAGGUACAUGUCCAGCAGGGUUGAUUAAAUGUAUGUGCACAAUAUUUUGACAACUCUGUCCCCAUCAGCUACAGUGAAUGUUUGUGUUGCAGUGGAUUCCAACCAGACCGAUAUCUCUUUGGCCCUGUGGUGCUAUUUAUACCAGUUUUCUUUCCAUUGCUAUACCCUUCACUGCAUGUUUUUUCUGGUGCAUGUGCUGUUAUCAAGUGGAAGUUUCAGUUCCUUGACAUUUCUGUCUUUUAUGUAUUAGAUGACAACCUUUUGACAAAGAAGAUAAGGUAAAUUAUAUAACUGUUUGAAAAAGAAAAAAAAAUUGUCAAUAGACUAACGUUUUGUCUAUUGACUGCCAUUUUUAUUUGAAAAAUAUAAGUUUCAGGCAGUGUCACCCAUCAUUGUAUCUGUUUUUAUUAAACAAAUACUCUGAGGUUCUAAUUCUGUGUUUACAAUAUUACAAAGCUAAAAAAGUGUCAGAUUACAAAACAAAAGUUGAACAACACAAUAUCUUGUAGUUGUUGAUAUAUUUAGUAUAUCUUACAUAUUUUGUAUAUCUUACAUAUUUUAACUAAAAUAAUUUUUGAAAAUAUAAUGUUAUUCGGUAGACAAAAACUAUAUUCACAAAGUGGCAGCAGGCGAACACUCAUGUAAACCCGUUUAAAUUUGCAAGCUUUCAGAACUAGUGAGUCCUUCAUCUGGCAAAAGAGUUGACGGGUAACGAAGAGGGUUGAAGGAAAAGACUGGUGAUGUUUCGGAAAUAGGGAGAGUUUGGAAAUAUUGCCCAGAACUGUAGAUCAGGGGAGACUUACCUUCAUCUCUCUUCCUUUCCCUUAAAUUCAUCUGCCAGCAGAAGGAGCCACUGGUUCCGAAAGCUUGAAAAUUCAAAUAACAUCUAAGUGUGUUCUCCUGCUGCCACAUGGUGGCAGCAGGAGAAUUGCAAAAAGAUAUAAAUUUUUUAGCUAUGUAACAUUGUAAACCCAAGAUUAGAAUGUAAUUGUACUUUAUUUUUAUUGUUUAACAUAUCAUAUAUCUGAAGGUGGACAACAUUGCCUGAAAUCUGUCAUUUUUUAAUAAAAACAGCAACAAAUAUUCUGUAUCAAUAAUUGCGGGUGACUCCCAGUAGCAAAUUUGUCCAAUUUUGAUAAAACUGGGGAUGUCAACCUGACUAUAUAUGCAGAGAUAAAUCGAGUAGCAUUUUAAAUAAAUUUGCAGAAAUGAUUGGCAAACAAGAGAUGACAUAAUUUAACUUAAAUGUAAAUCUUGUUAAUUUUAUUGUUUGAAGUGACAAAUAAAAUAAGGCUAGGAUGGUCAGAACCUGGUGUGAUUUUUUGCUACCAAAGUCUUAAUUAAAAAAAGAAAGUUAAACCUCGCGCAUGCCACCCCACCCCCUCUGACUUCCAUUUUUCAUGGAACAUCAAAUACUUACAUCCACAUUACAUCUGAUAUUCCUUGAUACUAUAUACACUGAUUCAGGAGCAUUUUCUUAAUUUUUUUAUUUUAUUAAGGAUUGUUAGUGUGAUUCGAGGCUACUUGUCUGUGGACCCCAUAAUGCACUAAUAAUUUAGCCAAUGACAAAAUUCUCUUAAAAUAUUUUCUGUGUGUAAAUUAUGUUGGUGUGGAGUAGGUGUAUGAUUAUCCAGGGUAGUGGGUCUUAACAGUUUUGUAACAGUGUCACGGUAAUGGAUGACAAAAAUUUAGAGGUCAGCACACAAUGAAGCACUUUCACAAAAUUACUUGUCUGACUCUGACUUUAUUUAACCACAUAGGUAAUGCACUUUGGCUGACUGCAUUUAACAGAUAAAAACAAAAGGGAAGAAUCAGUGGUGCAUCACAUCAACAAUAUUACUUACGUGUACCAUACUUAAGCCUAGGGUCUCAUUCAGAUGAGCAAAAAUAGCAAAAGUUUGGAAUUUUUUUUGAAACAAUGAAAAGACCUGCAAAGGGUCUGUUUAGGGAUUAUGAUUGAUCAUAGUAUGAACUUUAUUUUAGAUUUUCAGUGCAAAAACAAAAUGACACCUGUAAUUAAGAUUUAAUUUGAUCAAGGAUCUGAGAGUUUGAUGUAACAGACUGCAUGCAGUGUACCCCCUCAGGAGUUGUCUGAAAUCAAAA